UUCAAAGAAAGCCCGCCCCCGCCGCGCUCGCGCUGCGCCGGGCCGUCACGUGGGGCCGGCGGGCCCGGGCCCGGGCGUGCGCGGCGCGUUCCGGUUCCGGGCGCGGCGGGGUCGCCAUGGCGAGCAACGCCGCCAGCUUGAACGCCGUGAGGGAGACCAUGGACGUUCUGUUUGAGAUUUCAAGAAUAUUAAACACUGGCUUGGAUAUGGAGACAUUGUCUAUUUGUGUGCGGCUUUGUGAGCAAGGGAUAAAUCCAGAAGCAUUAUCUUCUGUUAUUAAAGAACUGCGGAAGGCUACAGAAGCUCUAAAGGCUGCUGAAAAUAUGACAGGCUGACAUGGGAGAAGAUCUCUGCAUGAGAAGAAUGCCAAAUUAAGCUUACCAGGAGCUCUGAAGAUUGCCACUAUUAAGGAAAAAAAAAAAAAGAAAUAAGUAUAUGUGAAGGUUUUAGAGUACUUCUGUAGUACUUUUCAAAAGAAUUGUGUAUAUAAUAGGUUUAAAGAGUCUUUUAAAAGUUCACCAGUAAUAUUAUUACUUGGUAUUUUUGUGAACUGUUUGUGAAUGUAGUGCAAUUGCUCUUCUUUGGCAUCCUGUACAUCUAGAAUCAGGCUAGAUAUUGUACAUUUGUUGAAUUUACCAGAGUGAACCAACAAAUCUUGUUGUAAUGAAUGUAACUUUGUUAAUGCAUCCUUUAGAAGUGGUAGUAUAUAAUGAGUUUUAUCUUUUGCUUUGAUGAAAAACUACAUGUGCAAUUUUAGUCUUGCUUUAUGGUCCAGAUAGGAAUGAAGCCCAGGCUGACUUUAUUUUAGAGUAAGGGCAGUAACUUAAGUCUCAAGCUGAAAGUAAUAAAUAAAGCAUUUUUUAAUAAUGUA